CGCAGGAAAGCGUACGUAUACAUAUAUCCAUGCACGAUUUACCUUAUUCUUGUACGUAAGCCAUGCACGCUUUAACGCAGAACCUAUAGAAAAACAAGUUUGUGUCGCGAUGAAGACAAGUCUCUGCUGAACCAAUAUGGGGAAUCUAUGCGGGAAGCCUGAUAGCAGUUCGCCUAAAGCUUCUGUUCCUGCACCACCGGCUUCAGCUACGGCCGCAGCUGGUCCCGCGUCCAAGGCGCCCGACGCAAGUAUCACCCCUCUUCUAGCGCCCACCCCUGCUAAGCCGGCGCCGCCGCCACCGCAGCAAUUAGCGUCACCAAAGUCGCCAGAGGCUAUUCCAGCUGUUGCCGACGAGAAGCCUCCGGGCAAACGUCGGUCACAGGACCUCGACAACGGUGUAAAGCACGAGGAGAUUGAACUCUUAAAGCAGAAAUCCUCAGAGCCCAUGGCCCCUGUUGGAAAUGUAGCACCAGUUAACAGCCCCAAGGCUGUUGUGGAGCCGGCCGCAGAGCGUGCCUCCCCAAGAGCAUCUGCUGGCUGUGCACCAGCAGCAUCUGGGGCCCCUCCGUCUCAAGCGGCACCGCCUGCAGUCCCUAAGGAGCCAGUUUCUCAGCCGCGGCCAGGGUCCAAACUCCGGACGGACGUUAAGCUUCGCGAUGUGUACAAGCUUGGCAAAACCCUCGGCACAGGAGGCUUCUCUGUUGUCAAGCUAGCUACGGACCGCGCAACCGGCGUGGAGUACGCCUGCAAGAUCAUGGCUUUACCACCUGUGGGCCAGGAGGUUGGAGAGAACGAGAACACUCGCGAGGACAUCUUCAAAGAAAUUGACCUGCUGUGCGGCAUGAACCACGAGAACGUCAUCUUCCUUAAGGAGUACUUCGAGGAGGGUAACAAGGUUUACCUCAUUACCGAGCUGUUAACGGGUGGAGAGCUCCUGGAGGCGGUACUCAAGCGGGGAAGCUACUCGGAGGCGGAAGCACGCCUGUGCUUCGUUCAGGUCCUCCGCGGUAUUGAGUACCUGCACAGCAAGAACGUCGUGCACCGCGACUUGAAGCUCGAGAACCUGCUGCUGGCCAAGCAGGACGACAUCAGUCUGGUGAAGAUUGCGGAUUUCGGCUUGGCGAAGCACGCAGUUAACGGCAUGCAGACGAUCUGUGGGACGCCGCAGUACGUAGCACCGGAGGUCAUUGUCGGCGCCAAGGGGCACGUGUACGGGCCCGGCGUGGACAUGUGGAGUGCAGGUGUUGUGUUGUACAUCCUGCUCGGCGGUUACCCACCUUUCUGGAGUGACAGCGAGCCGCAACUGUUUGACAUGAUCCGCAAGGGCAAGUACAGCUUCGGCGACCCCGUCUGGAACAAGGUAUCGGAAUGCGCCAAAGACCUGAUCCGCAAGCUUCUUGUCGUCGACCCAACCAAGCGCCUGACUGCUACGGAGGCGCUUCAGCACCAGUUUAUCCUGGAAGGCAACUUCAACCCGCCCUCGGAACCUAAGGGCCCACGGUAGUUGUGUGCAUGCGCAUCGAGGCUACCUUGGAAACGCGCUGGAAGUGCUGAUAAUGGAUUGCGCUGGAAUCCGUGAUACAAAAGAUGGCCGGCAUAUAUAAAUAAUUUGGCCUUGGAAGGUGGAAAGUGCUACGCACUAAGUAACAAGUGUCGUUCGAUGCAGCUGACCCGACUAGCUGGCAUGUGUGAGCCCAUCGUCAGGAUGAUCAGUGUGGGGCCGCUGCCAAUUGUCCCUUCUCGCUUGUAUAGCCUUAGGAUAUAGUCUCGUAAUGCUUGCGCGCCGGCGGCACUGCAUGGAAUUUUUUUCGGCGGACAUGGAUGCAGAGCUGGCACGCGUAGCUGUAGGUCAAUUCAUGACAUGACAUGCUGACAUCAUCGCUGGGUGUUCUUGCUAAGUAUUGCUUUUUAUAGUGUAUGGUACGAGCGACGUGGCGUGCGGUGUUCAUAAUAGUCAGGGCAAAAACCAAUGCACCGUCAAACAUUAGCUAGAGCGACACGGCCAUGAUAGCGUUGGUAUCAUGUAGAUUACAUGGGUGCAUAAAACCGUUUGGUUUGUGUGUAGUUGUGAUCCC